GAAAAUUUUUUGUUUUAAUUUGCUAUGAUUUAUUUUAAAUUAAAAACUACACAAACAUUUAAAGAUAUGUUAGUCUUUCAGCAAGUGCAUUAAAUCGCGGGCGCUUUUCGUCGCUAUACCUACCAGCGAAUCACAUCAUGGAACAUGAAGAUGAACUCAAGCCGCAGUUUAAAAUAUCUGCAGGUGACUUACCAAAAGUACAUAGUAAAAUCAACCACAACCGUCCACAUGCCAGUCCACAUGUAUCAGAAACGACCGCUCCGUCUACGUCGGGCCAAAGAAAACCAAACUCGAGCAUGCGACAAAAUGAGGAGGCGCCUAACAAUGGGAAAGAAAAUCAGGAGGCCGCGGCCGACUGGAUCGUCGGCGGGCCCGUCGGCGCCAGGGGAGCCGUGCUGGUCUUCCGAUCUUGCGUCCUCGCCACAAAAGCACCUCCAGACUCCGCAAAACCGGAGAACCACUCCGCAACGGGGACGACCAUACUCCUGAACAAGGCGAAGAAUAUGGCCAAGAGACUCGUCUCAGCGGACCCCAACUCCAUCAACAUCAAACAGAAGAACAUCAUGCACGAGGUCAUGGAGACCUUCGGGAGCAACAACAAGUACACCGGCCAGGCCUACAUCGUGAAGCACGCCAGCGACGGCGAGCAGGACACCGUCCCCAGACAGGACGCAGGCGGACAGGACAAGGCGGAACGCAAGAGGAACAUCGAGGACGUUCUCAACGACCUCAAUAAGAUCACCCUCAAAAAAAAUAAUUUAACCAAACAAUACUCCACACCUAGCAUCAAAUAUACGCAAGAGGCGCCGCCCCGAGAAAAAGAUGGAAAAGACGAGAACAAAUAUACCAAAAAUAGCAAAGCCAAAACUACCAAGAAGAUGCAACGAAGGGACACGUUACCGGCGGUGGAAGCUAACGACUGGGAGAAUAUGGUCAUCAAGGACGUCGAUCAUAUAAAGGUUUUAGACAGCAGCGAUAUGCCCGCGCGCACCCUCAGGAUAAAGUACAAGUUAGUGAAUACGGAGACCAAACUACUGCACCGGCUGCUGCAGGCGCACGGCCUGCUGGAGUCCACCUCCGACUCCAAGGAGUUCAACCUGAUGUGGUCGGGACUGCAUCCGAAGCCGGACGUGUUGAGGGCGCUGCUGCCUUACCAGCGGGUUAACCAUUUUCCCAGAUCGUACGAGCUCACGCGCAAAGACAAACUGUUCAAGAACAUCGAGAAGAUGCAGUACUUCCGCGGUUACAAGAACUUCGACUUCAUCCCCACGUCGUUCCUGAUGCCGACGGAGUACAAGGAGCUCUGCACGACGCACUACCGGACCAAGGGGCCGUGGAUCGUCAAACCCGCCGCCUCCAGCCGCGGCCGGGGAAUAUACAUCGUGAAUACGCCGGAACAAAUCCCGAAGGACGAGAACGUAGUGGUGGCCAAGUACAUCGACAAACCCCUCCUGAUUGGCGGACACAAGUGCGACCUGCGGCUGUAUGUGUGCGUCACGUCUAUAGACCCGCUCCUCAUAUACUUGUAUGAAGAGGGGCUGGUGCGUUUCGCCACUGUAAAGUACGACAACACAAAUAAAAACCUCUGGAACCCUUGCAUGCACCUGUGUAACUACAGCAUUAACAAAUACCACACGGACUAUAUCAAAUGUUCAGACGCGACGGCGGGCAACGUGGGCCACAAGUGGACGCUGUCGGCGCUGCUGCGGCACCUGCGCGCUGCCGGCCGCGACACCGCCGCACUCAUGGCCGCGAUCGAGGACCUGGUGGUCAAGUCGGUGUUAGCCGGCGCUCACACCAUCACCGCCGCCGCGCGCGUCUUCGUGCCGCACACAUUUAACUGCUUCGAACUGUUCGGUUAUGAUAUCCUCAUAGACGAUAUGCUGAAGCCUUGGCUACUGGAAAUUAAUUUGUCACCAAGUCUGGCGUGCGAGUCGCCGCUGGACGCGCGCGUGAAGUCGGCCCUGCUGGCGGACACGCUGACGCUGGUGGGGCUGCCCGCCGUGCCCGCCGCGCCCCGCGACGCACACCGCCCGAGAGCGCCGCAGGGUCGGCGCGUGCACUCGGCGGAGGCGGUGGGGCGCGGGGCGGGGACGGGCGCGGGGGCGGGGCUAACGAGCGAGGAGCGGCGGCUCGUGCGCGCGGUGCGGGCGCAGUACGCGCGCCGCGGCGGCUUCGUGCGGAUAUUCCCCAGCCAGAACUCCUGGCAGAAGUACUCCCAGUAUCUAGACCCGGUGUCGGGCGUGCCGAUGUGCUCGACGUCGCUGGGCGGCGGCGCGGGCGGGGCGGGGGGCGGGGGCUACGUGCAGCGCAACCACAACCUGCUCGUACACGCGCACGUGUUACCGCACUUCCAUGACGCCGCCGCACCCACUGACACGCCGGAGAGGUUGAAGCGGUACGAGACGGUGAGCAUCGCGGGCGCGGCGCCGGCGGUGCAGCUGAGCGACGCGCCGCCGCGCCCCGUUCCGCCGCGCGACAUCCGACACGCCAAGGAGCUCAUCAAGCGGCAGCUGGCUAGCGGCCUGCGACUCACUGCGGGCGAGGGUCGGCGGUUGUUCGGGUUAUACCUGACGCACGUGCUGAAGCGUCUAUCGCGCGCGCAAGACGGGGCGGGGGGCGGGGCCGGGAGCGAGGCGGCGCUCGUGCUGCGCUUCCUGCGGCGGGCGAGCGGCGCACUGCGGACGCCGUACCGCGUGCGCGCACCGCCGCCCACCAUGUGCGACAAGGACCGCUGCGCCGUCGUCGCCAGCCACCUCAACGACUUUCUCUACAUGUACUGCCGUGAAACUGACCUCUACACCGAUAGCGAUGAUGAUGCCGGCUGCGUCCCCAAUAUCCACUUCGCACAAUUCCUGUAUGCUGCCAGCGAGGCGGAUCUGGAGGAGGUGUUACUGGCGGUGCUGCGCGCGGACAAGUACGUCGCGACGUUUCUCGACGACGGGCGCGGCGCCGCGCUCAGCGUGGACCUGCCGCCCGCGCGCCGCGCGCACGCCACGCGCCCCGACCGCCCCGCCCUGCUGCGGCUGCUCGCUGCGCUCACACACCGCAACUGCCGAAGAUAUAGGUCGGACGACGAGGCAUCGGAGACGUCAACUCGAUCGGAUCCGGACGAGUCGUCGGCCCAAGACUCCGAGUCGGCUCCCGUCGAAUCCGCCGCCGUCCUCAAACACUCACUCUUAGAGGAGAAACCGCUUAACGAAGCACUCAAGUAUGCGAAGUCAUAACAGACAUUGUAACACUUCAAUCUUUCCAAAUAUUCGAUGACAUCGCGUCUUCACUCUUCACAAUCUAUCUUCUAUAUUAUGUUAUUGAUUUAUAAUGGUAACGGUGAAAUUAUUUGAUUAUGCAUUGAAAUCUAGUUCGUAGGAGCCUGCUGAGGUUUUUAAAACACUGCUAAAAAUAUUUUGUUAACCCAUCAAUCCCCAAGCGGCAGCCGGCUG